CUGAGUUUCUUUUCUGAUUCUGAGUGCUGUCUGAGAAUCUGCAUUUCUUACAAGUUCUCUCUGAUGCUGAUGCUGCUUGCUGGUCCAGGGACAACACUCUGAGAACCACUUUUCUGAAGGGUUGAGGAAAUAGCCUGGGUCGCUGCCAUCCUUAAGGACAGGAAACGCAUCCACCUGCUAAGUCGCUGGUGACAUCUUGUGACAGCCAAGAAGCAGCCACCUACUAGCCGGGGAGGAGAAGGUGUCCCAGCCUCCAGAAAUGCUGAGCUUUCAAGAAAAAAAAAAGAAAGGAAGAAAGAAAGAAACCUUCAGGUGCCAAGACUUCAUCUUGCUUUGGGAUGAAAGAAGCAUUGGCUUCCAGCUGGCUCCCCGGCAGGAAGCCUGAAUUGGCCCCGAGACUUCCAGGUCUCUGUUUCGGAUUACCAAGCACGAGCGGGCAGCCGGACACCAAUCCAAGCAUUCAUCUGACAGACAAUGGGAAAACAGGCCUCAGCUUUGUGCCCAGCUGGAAUGCAAAAGCAAGGUCGGCACAGCGAGUUGAAUACGGACUGUGUGAAAGUCGUGGCGGAAGCAAAGGGCUCCUGUUGGCAAGCAGGGGGAGGAUGAAGGUGGAGCAUCUAUCUGGGGCACGCUGGGUGACGGAUAUUCAGGAAUCCAAGUGCAACUCUGCAAAAACAUUUUACUCCUCUGCUUAUUUUAUUGGCCAGCUGAGGUUACAAAGUAGAAACGCGACUGGAAGUGGUGGUGGUAGAGCUCUGUUUCUUCUCGAAGUUUUGGUCUUCAGCUCACAUACCGCUGACAGCUGUCUGGCGACCCAGGGCCUAUCCCGGCGGCCCCAAGCCACGCGCCUAGGAGCGCGCCCAGGAUCCCCUCACGCGAGGACCCUUCCUAGGAGAGGCGGGCGGGCUCUCCGGCGGAAAACGGGCCGCGCGGGGGCGACAGCACCAACCUUGUUGGCAACCCCUCCCCUCCCCCAACCCCCAGGACAAGGAACGUCACCGCGUUCCACAUUCUCCCCGACCCUCUGACCCCGAGGGCCCAGACCCCGGCCGGCCCGAGCGGCCCCGGCAGGUGCCAACGAGCCCUGGCUGUCCCUCAGGCCCCGCCACCCCCGCGGUCGCCGGGAGCGGGCCUCGGUUAGCGGGGCCUCCUAGGCUGCGGGCGCCGGGACUGGCCGGCUACACCCGCACCCCAGCAGCCUCAGUAGGCGUCCGGGGCCGGGCCGCCCCUCCCCCCGCGCCGGUGGCCAGGAGCCGGGCGAGGGGCUCGCGGAGGAGACUCUCGGGCGCUGAUUGGCCAGAGCCGAGGGGGCGGGGCGGUGGGUGUGCAGGGGGCCGGCCCAGGUCGCUCAGAGCUCCCCCUCUCCUCCGCAACUGCGAGCUCCCUCAUUACAUCAUCUUCGGACCGGAGACGCCGUGCAGGACUGGGCGCGGCGCGAUCCACUCACCCCGGGGCUCCAGCCCGCUCUCCCGCGUCUCUCCUGGCCCUCCCCGCACCUGCUCCAGGGCCAAGACCGGGAGAGCCCCGCGGGCUAGCUCCCAGAACCCGCUAGGCACAGCUAGCGGACCUCGGCAGCUCCGCCUGAUCCAUUCAUUGAGAGCCGCGUAUUUUCCCGGAGCCUCAGUCCCCUGCCUCCUCCAGCUCGGAGCCGCGGGUAGCGCCAUGGAGAAGAGCAACGAGACCAACGGCUACCUAGACAGCGCCCAGGCGGGGCCUGCAGCGGGGCCUGGCGCGCGGGGGAGCACGGCCGGACGCGCGCGGCGCUGCGCUGGCUUCCUACGGCGCCACGCGCUGGUGCUGCUCACAGUGUCCGGAGUGGUGGCGGGCGCCGGCCUGGGCGCGGCGCUGCGUGGGCUCAAGCUGAACCGCACACAGGUCAUCUACCUGGCCUUUCCUGGAGAGAUGCUGCUCCGCAUGCUGCGCAUGAUCAUCCUGCCGCUGGUGGUCUGCAGCCUGGUAUCGGGCGCCGCCUCCCUUGAUGCCAGCUCUCUCGGGCGCCUGGGCGGCAUCGCCAUAGCCUACUUCGGCCUCACCACACUAGGCGCCUCGGCUCUCGCAGUCGCUUUGGCGUUCAUCAUCAAGCCUGGAUCUGGCGCGCAGACCCUUCAGUCCAGCGACCUGGGUCUGGAGGAGACGGGGCCCCCACCGGUCCCCAAAGAGACAGUUGACUCAUUCCUCGACCUGGCCAGAAACCUGUUUCCCUCAAAUCUUGUGGUUGCAGCUUUCCGUACGUAUGCAACCGACUAUAGAGAGGUGACCCACAACACAAGCACUGGAAACAUAACCCGUGAAAAGAUCCCCAUUGGCACCGAAAUUGAAGGUAUGAACAUUUUAGGAUUGGUCCUUUUUGCCCUGGUGUUAGGAGUGGCCCUGAAGAAACUCGGCUCUGAAGGAGAAGAGCUCAUUCGUUUUUUCAAUGCCCUCAAUGAGGCGACGAUGGUGCUGGUGUCGUGGAUUAUGUGGUACGUACCUGUGGGCAUCAUGUUCCUGGUUGGAAGCAAGAUUGUGGAAAUGAAGGACAUCGUCGUGCUGGUGACCAGCCUGGGGAAAUAUAUCUUCACAUCUAUAUUGGGCCAUUUUAUUCACGGAGGAAUUGUUCUGCCACUUAUUUAUUUUGUCUUCACGAGAAAAAACCCGUUCAGGUUCCUCCUGGGCCUCCUCACACCAUUUGCAACAGCAUUUGCCACCUGCUCCAGCUCUGCAACCCUUCCCUCUAUGAUUAAGUGCAUCGAAGAAAACAAUGGUGUAGACAAGAGGAUCGGCAGGUUCAUCCUCCCCAUCGGGGCCACGGUGAACAUGGACGGCGCAGCCAUCUUCCAGUGUGUGGCCGCAGUGUUCAUUGCCCAGCUCAACAAUGUGGAGCUGAAAGCAGGCCAGAUUUUCACCAUUCUAGUGACAGCCACAGCAUCCAGUGUGGGAGCAGCAGGCGUGCCAGCUGGAGGGGUCCUCACCAUCGCCAUUAUCCUGGAGGCCAUCGGGCUGCCCACUCAUGACCUCUCUCUGAUCCUGGCUGUGGACUGGAUUGUGGACCGCACCACCACCGUGGUGAACGUGGAGGGCGAUGCCCUGGGUGCAGGCAUCCUCCACCACCUGAAUCAGAAGGUGACGAAGAGAGGCGAGCAGGAGCUGAGUGAGGUCAAAGUGGAGGCCGUCCCCAACUGCAAGUCGGAGGAGGAGACGUCACCCCUGGUGACACACCCAAACCCCACCGGCCUUGCGGCCAGCACCCCCGAGUCCAAGGAGUCAGUUCUGUGAGGGGGCUGGGCUUCCAGCUUGCCUGCGGGGGAUGCCCGCCCCAUCGGUCCGGUCGGCAGACCCGGGCACCGCCUUCACUGACUUCUAGCCUCCCGUGCAAUGCUUUGGCCCAGUCACUGGUUUGAGGAUUACUUCUCAGCACAGGCAUUGGGCUUCCCAACGGGACCUGGUUCCCAAGGACCAGGACACUCUGCCAUUUGGCUUACCAUGUCUAGGUGCAACUGUGUACACCCCAGCUCUGUUUGGAAACACACCCUCGAGCUGCCGGGCGGGGGGAGUAACAGGCUCACAGGACCUGGUGGUUAAAGCUUGGAAAAUGCACAUGUUGCUUCACCGCACCCAGGAAAGCUCAGCCUUGGGUGCUUUCCGGGCAGACCUGGACGGGUGGCAGCCAUCUGUCGCAUUGCCUCGUGAGCCAUAGUAAUUGGAAGAAUUCCCAAAUUCAUAGCCGUGGCUGGAAUUCACUGAGCUGGGCCUCAGGUGUCGAGAGUCUACACAUCGGCCUGACUGGCUUCUGGGUCACUAGGCUGGAGGCGCUGCACGUUGUCGAGUUAGAAAUACUCCAUGGUGUUAGCACUGCUAGGGUCUCUGGUCAGUGGCACUAAGUAAACAAUUACAUUCUGAAGUCAAAGAAAGGAGGGGGAGUACAGGCUGCAGGGGGAAGGGAAGCAGCCUGAUCAGGCCAGGACAUACACACACACACACACACACACACACACACACACUAAUGUCCCCAUUCUGGCCCCAGCCCUGGGGAGGUUUUCUGCUUUCAUGACCUGGGCCUAUGUCAACACUGUGGCUCUAUACCCAUCUACUCUGAUUUGGCAACAGGCCAGAGAGGGGCCCCCCUCCUCUGGGGAGGUGUCAUGUGGUCAUCACAUUCAGGACCCUGGCUGGUCUAGCAACAGAUUUUAAUCCAACUAGACCCUCCCUAAAAUGCUGCAUUGCAGCAAAAACAAAAUUUUAAAAACCCCACAAACCCACCCCUUCAUUGGAGUGAGGUACCACUGUUCCCAGAUGCCCUAGCUUUGGCUGAUUUCCAUAGACUUGGUUUCCUUUCCCUCCAGGACGUCAGUUUAAAAUUAUAAGCUAAAUGGUCCACCUGAUACUUACUGACUUGAGCUGAGCCUAGGGGAGGGGGCUUUACGGAGAGAACAAGCAUUGCCCGGGAUAGGGAAGGAAAACCUAAAAGGCACUAGACUGCUAUUUCUCUGUGGCUGUUGGUGUGUAUCUGUGGGGUAACCUGCAGCAAGUCCUGGAGCCUCACUUUACCCCAUUAGUACAAUGGGGCUGAUGUCACCUGCCUCUUACCUACCUCAGAGGGAUUUGGUGAGGCAAACUGAGUGAAUCCGCGAAAAACGACCAUUUCGCAUUUUGCUUCUUGGAUAUCAAGUGCUAACACCCCCGUACCCUCCUUACUGUUACCUAAGUGAUACCUAAGUUCUCCAGGAGGCUCCUUCUUCUGGGGAGGACAGCUUUUACGAGCAGGGCUUCGUUCUGUGUGCAGGAGCAACUGUUAUCACGUCACUUGUUCUCUUAGUAGUUUCUUGUGAGCAUCAAAUGCAGCCUCUUCCUGACGUCCUUCAUCUUUUUGUGAAUUAACUACCCCACCUCCCAGCACACUUCUGGGUACCUGACCUCCCCGCGACUCCCAGACCCAGGCACCAUUUCUGCCACCGCACACUGGCCACUAAAACUCCCAAACUUUCAGCCUCGCUCAUUCCCUUGUCACAACUGGAAUGGGGGGAAGGGGGGACAGAGAGUGAAGCUCCCCUGUACUAAGAUUGUGGGGCAUGGGCCUGAGCGGAAUGGGCGGGGAAGAACCAAGGGGCACGGAGCAGACCUGGCCCUUUUCCCUUCAGCCCUCUUUAAACCAGCUAAGUCACUCCCGUCUCCUGUGAAGCAGGAGUGACCAGGAGCUGGGCUGAGAGGAGCCUGGAAGCCUCGACCCUCUGGCUUGUUGCUGAUGCCUUCUGUUUUCAAAGGGGAAAUAAUCACACUGAUGGAUCCCAAACUGCAAAUCCCAAACAUUCACUAUUUUUCAGGUGUCAUUAGAUCUCAUCUUUCCUUCUUCCACAUAUAUACAUGGCUAUGUACGUACACAUACAUAUAUGCAGCAUGUAUGUGGGAGGUAUACAUGCGGGUAACAUCUAUAUGUAUGUGUGUGUGUAUAUUUUAGCUCCAGUCCGGGCGAGUUUGAAUUUGGACAGAGGUGGACUAACUGCAAGUUGCAUGUCUUUGGCAUCCUGAUUUUCCUGUUUCUAAAGGUGAAUUUUACAAAACAUGGACAGUAGAGCUGGACAAUCAGACUCAGGGACUGCGCAUCCUCUAUCCUGGACCUGGGAUUGCGGUGAGGGGAGCACCGUGCCUGGGGCAGGGUGCUUCCUUGUAAAAUCCAGAUGGUGAUUGCUCCCCUUCCCUUGGCUUUCUCCCUGUUUUUCUGUCUGCAACAAGAAUCAGACCAGGAGUGACCCGGCUGGGGAAAAUGCCACUUUCUCAUUGUCUGAAGAUGUCUCCCCUGCGCUUCUAACAUGUUGUCGUAAAUACUGUUCAUCUCUGACUGUUUUGUAUGUGUGACACUUGCCUUAAAACAUAGCAGUCCUCAGAAAUGAAUACAGCCUUUCUACUAGGA